AUGCUUCCAGUCACUCCAGGCUCUCUUAAGAUUGAUGGUCAACGCCAGCAAGGCGAAAACGUUCGCGUUCAGAACGUUCGUGCUGCCAUGGCUGUUGCUAACGUCGUUCGCUCCUCAUUAGGCCCAAUCGGUCUCGACAAGAUGCUUGUCGAUGAUAUUGGUGAAGUCACAAUCACAAACGAUGGUGCUACCAUUCUCAACCACCUUGAUGUUCAGCAUCCAGCUGGCAAAGUUCUCAUCCAACUUUCUGAACUUCAAGAUCGUGAAGUCGGUGAUGGCACAACAACAGUUGUUCUUCUUGCUGCCGAACUCUUACGUCUUGGCCAAGAUUUAAUCAACAAGAAAGUCCACGCAAACACAAUUAUUACUGGCUAUCGUGCCGCCGCUAAGAAGGCAAUCGCUUUCCUCAAGAAGAGCUGCGCAGUCUCCAAUGACAACCUUGAUCGCGAAAUUCUCUUGAAAGUCGCUAAGACAUCCAUGAACUCAAAGAUUCUCAACGCUUACUCCGAUUUCUUCGGCAACAUGGUUGUUGACGCAUGCCUUGCUGUCAAGACACCAGCUGGCAAGUGCCCAACAAACCGUGUCAACAUCGUAAAGUCCCUCGGCAAAUCCCUCCCAGAAUCCACAAUCGUUACAGCCGGCGUCGCUCUCAACGCAACACGCGCUACAGAAGCAUUCCCACGCCGCCUUGAGAAGGUCAAAGUCGCCGUCUUAGAUUUCGGUCUCCAGAGAACACGUCUUCCAAUGGGCAUCCAGUUCCGCCUCCACGACGCCUCCAAGCUCGAAGCCAUCCAGCAGGAGGAAGUCAACGCCGCAGAACGCGCUGUUCAGGCAAUUCUCAAGGCCGGAGCAAAUGUCAUUGUUACAUCAAAGACAAUCGAUGAGGCAUCACUCAAGCCACUCGUCAAGGCCGGUGCCAUCGGUAUUCGCCACGUUUCCGAUGCAGAAAUUGCUCAUCUUGCCAGAUCUACAGGUGCUACCGUUGUUUCACAGCUCAUCAGCGAAGAUGGUGGCGAAACAUUCGAUCCAGCAUGGCUCGGUGAAGCAGAACUCAUCGAACAGGUUCCAGUCGGGGACAACCAGAUGACAAUCUUCAGAGGAUGCGCCAAGGAGAACUCUGCUUCUAUUGUCCUCCGCGGUCCAAACACAUUCACACUCGAAGAAGCCAACCGUUCUCUUCGCGAUGCCUUAUUCGCCGUCAAGAGAGUCAUCGAGUCAAAGCACAUCGUUGCUGGCGGUGGCGCUGUCGAAGCUGCCCUUUCUGUCUACCUCUCACAGAUUGCCAAGGACUACGAAGGCAAGGAACAGGUCGCCAUGCUCAAGUUUGGCGAAGCACUCCUUGUCAUUCCAAAGAUCCUCGCAAACAACGCUGCACUCGAUUCAAUCGACUUGGUCGCCAAACUCCGCGCUGUUCACUACGACGCACAGCAGAAGGGAGAGAAGUGCUUCGCUGCACUCGACUUAGUCAACGGAAAGAUCCGCGACGGAAUGAAGGACGGCGUCAUCGAACCAGGUAUGUCUAAGGUAAAGUCAAUCCAGUUCGCUACAGAAGCCGCCAUCACAAUUCUCAGAAUCGAUGACCUCAUCAAGGUUACACCUGAGAAGAAGCCAGAUAGAAACGAAGAAGAGUAA